AUGUUCGGCGCAUUCAGACCUACAGCGCCGCUGUCUGGCGGUUUGUUAUGGAAGAUCCCAUGGCGUCUCUCAGCACCCCAAAAACUACGACAUCGCAGACGAAUGCGCCGCGUCGAUAACGUCGUCUCCGUCCUCGACACAGCUCUCAAACGAUCCGCCACGACUUCAAUACCCCAAGUGCGGAACUCAGCCCCCAGCGAAGCCCCCACAACCUCACCCUCCACCGGCAAAGCCACCCCAGCUGAACUCUCCUCCACAGCAGAAGGCCAGCGCCUCCUCGAGCACGAAACGAACGCUGAUCUCGAAUCACGGCGGCAUGGUAAAGGUCCCAAGAGAGGCGAGCUCGUUCCGCAACACGACGAAGUCGGUCACACAGGCGUUUCAGUGAAAGUGCACAGUAAGAAACUAUUGAAAGAGCAAGCCGCGCAAGAAAAGACUACGAAACUCAUUGAGAGGUGGAAAGCGGAUAUGCCCACAGAGCAGGAGAUGUUGCCGAGGGAUAAGUAUAGCAUGUUUGAUAAGAAGGUGAAGGGUUAUAGGAAGGGUGUGCAUAAGUUGCCCAAGUGGACGAGGUUGAGUCAGAGGGUGAAUCCGCCGGGCUUCUAA